UCUCAAGCAGAGUGAAGGAUUGUGGGUAAAUAAAAUGGGGGGAAGACCGUUGUUUACCAUGGCGACGGGGACGCUACGGCUUGUUAGCAGGCUCAGAAUGCUCCCGUGUUUCUUAUUCAUAUUGAACAUAAUCGCUGUGGACUGCCAGCAGUUUCUCAUCCCCUUCAAAGCGCCUUCAGAUUGUGGCGUGGACCAAUUCUUCGACAUAUCGAGCCUGUCCUGCUCCAGGUGUGGCUCCAAUCAGCGCCAGAGCUCCACAGGAUUGAGCUGCAUUUGCCAGACUGGCUACAGGACCACAAAUGUCUCCCCUAAUAAAGUGUCCAUCACUUGUGAGCGGUGUCCUCCAGACAGGCCUGCAGUAACACAGGACGGGUUUGGAUGUGUUCGCUGUCCAGGCAGCCUUAGUGAUGAGGGAAAAUGUCAGUGCCCAGCAGGCCAUAUCCUGCAGGAAAGGGAUAUCAACGGAAAUCCUCUGGACGAGGCGAGAUGUGAAGCUUGCAACAGCAACAGUCCUGCUUUCUCUGUAGCAAAUAUCAAAGGAGACAGGUGUGAGAGAUGUACGUCUACCUUCAUCAACACCUCCUGUGUGUGCACGGCUCCUAACGUCCCGGCGGGAGGAUUGUGUUUCCCUGCAGGGAUCCUUUCCACUAAUGUGAAUCCCAGCGUCAACUACGCUCAGUUGAAGUUCAGCGUCCAGUCCGCCUGGUUUGUGGAGAACCUCUACUCCUCCUCAGCAGCGUGCCUCGUCCACUCGAACCUGACGGCGUGCCAGGCUCUGGGGAACAUGUGCGUGAUGAACAUGCACUCCGUCAGCGGCCUCUCCUCGGAUGCUUGUGGUCUUUUUAACGCCGUGUACAGAUCGAAAGCUGCCCUGAGCGCCGUCCAAGACAUCGCUUACUGGAGAGGUCACCUCCCGUGGCUUUUCUACGGAGACGAACCGGGUCUGGCUGGCCGCGUGCUUCAAACGGAUCCCGUUCCCUUUGUCUUCAGCUUCAGAGGAGCUAAUAAGAACACAGACGUUCAGCUGCUUGCAGCUGUCUACAACGUCAGGGGCGAGUUCCUGAGAUGGGAGCAACUAGGAGGAAGCAACCUGCAGCUUUGUCCAGAACGAGCCACCAAGCAGGCUGCAGCCUUCAGCUUUGGAACCAGCUACGAAGCGAGCUGUGAUCUCUCGGUGGCGGACCUGCUCGUUUCCCACCCCGAACCGUUGUUCUACGAUGUUUACAUGGACCUCGGAGGAGGAGAAGACCGCAAACUUCUUCCCCUGCCAACGCUCGUCCAGAACCAGCAAUACAACGGACGCUUCAUCAAUCAGGAUAAUAUGAGGAACUGGUAUUUGUCUCGCCGGAUGUUCCUUGUGGACACGUUGAGUGGAAGAGAGAAGAGCCUAACGUCUUCCCCUAAAGUCAUUCGUGUCGCCAGCAGCGUCUUGAUAAGGUUUCAGCUGGUUCCUCGAACUCAGAUGGGGCAAAUAUUUCCCCCCCUGAUGACGGUGACUUACACAGAUAUUCCCAUCACGGAUACCAGUACUCAAACAGUGACUGUAACCUUUGCUGUGGAUUAUGAGAUGGAUCAGACAGAGGCUCGUGCAAAGACCGAUACUGCUCUGGGCAUUUUGGGCGGGCUGGCCGUGCUCUACUCCCUCCUGAAGACGGUCAGCUGGAAGAGGAGGAUCGCUUCGCCCGUCAUCGAUCUGGAGACGCUGCUGAAGUUUCUGCUGUUUUACUCCGGUGACUUAGCCAAUGUUUUCUUCGUCGUCACGGUGGGAACCGGCCUUUACUGGCUCAUCUUUUAUAAGACACUAAAGGCCCAGCAGUUUGUAUCUGUUCUGCUUCCUCUACCUUCUCAAGAGGACGAGUUUGUGACGUACAUUGGUUGUGCCUUCGCUCUCAAGGCUGUCCAGUUUCUGCACAAGCUUUACCUGCAGGUGACAGUCGAUAUAUUUCUCAUUGACUGGGAGCGACCACGAAGCAAAGGCAGCAGGACGGUCCAAGCUCAAGGGGAUGCGAAGCGCGACCCCUCCCCAGUCAGCAUCUGGAGGACCUACUUUGUGGCAAACGAGUGGAACGAGCUCCAGACCAUUCGCAAGAUCAACCCAACUUUCCAGAUCAUGGCUGUGCUCUUCUUCCUCGAAGUGCUGGAUUUCUCCAACCUAGCUCUGAGAGACCCCUGGGCAACCUUACAGCGCUCCCCAGAAGCAUACACCCCUCCUUAUAGCCUGAUUUUGCGCUAUGGCCUUGCAGCCACGCUUUGGGUCUGCAUUGGUCUUCUGCAGGUGAUAUUCUUCACUGUCUUUUAUGAGCAUUUUGUGGAGGACAAAAUUCGACAGUUUGUGGAUCUCUGCUCCGUCAGUAAUAUCUCUGUGCUGCUGUUCUUCAAUCGUUGUUUUGGCUACUAUAUCCACGGACGCUCAGUGCAUGGACACGCAGACACAAACAUGGAGGAGAUGAGCAAUAAUCUGAAGAGGGAACGCGAGUCGCUGUGUGGUCAACGAGGUCUGGUUCCCAACUCUGACGUUCAGACCUUUCAAGUGUCUAUCACCAACCGUCUGAGGUUGCAGUACGACCGCAUACAAGAUUCACUUAGCAGGAGGAACAGGCCGUCACGGCUGAUUGAUGCAUCCUCGGCCAACUUAUCAGAUCUACAGUUCAGAGCAUACAACACCAUGAACCACUUCCUGGGAUCCAUUAUAGACCAUGGCCACCCUGACAUGGACUACAUGGUGAAGGAAAAGCUCAUGUUGGAACGGGUCAUAGGGAUGGAGUUUAUGGAACCCUCUGAUAAAAGCUAUUUUUACAACGAUGAGACCCACUCCUUCAGUAAUGUCCUCUUUUAUGGAAAUGAGGCCACGCUGCUGAUCUUUGACACACUGUUCUUCUGUGUCGUUGACCUCGGAUCUCAGAACUUUGUGCUCGCAGCUGUGCUCACUUAUGUUCAGCAAAUGAUAUUUCGCUUCAUCCGUAACACCCUCGGGAGAAGGAACCUUGCCAACAAAACGCUGGUGGAUGAAAGGUUUCUGAUAUAAACUUCAGCGUCUGUUUUUGGUGGCAAAGAUAUUUACUGUCCGCUUGUGCUUCUUUUGUUAAAAGAAUCUAUUCACUGCUGAAUUGAAUGCAAAUGUUCUCCUUUUUUUUAAAUAUUUGUAUGCUUUUAUAUUGAUUAAACUGUUUUUUAUAUAAAA